AUUCCGCCCCGACUGAGGACACCUUAAUUAUUGCACACGAAGGAUUAUGCUGGAUAUUAUUAUUAUUAAUAUGCCUUCACGAGAACCAUCGGCAGUCAAUGUUGUCUUCAAUUAACAACACAAAUGAAUAAAUUGCGCUGCAUUGCCAAUUCACCGCUGGAUGUGUGCAUACGUCGAGCUUCUUUGGCACCGUGCAUCGCCCACCGUGCUCCUCGGAUGACCAGACCUCCUCACCACGCUGAGCAGUGCAGGUUGGCGAAGAUCGAAGGAAUCCUGCCCUCCUUUGUCCACGAACAACCCCGGCCCCUUUGGAAAUCCAAGUCUGCUUACAGCCCACACAUUCGUCUUCGCGGUGUGCUUCACUUCAACAAAAAAUAUUUGUAAUUUUAACAGACCUUCUAUGACAUUGCGUGCAAACGCAAUAGGCCUUCAAGCACUCUGUGUGUGUGUUGCGUACAACGAUGAGCGAGGCUUGUGGAUCGAGCAGAACCGCCGAGGAAGCAGGAGCCCCUGCACAGAUGCCUGAUGAUCCUGGGGGAGGAAAGGGCCCCGUGGAUGUGUCGGUGAUAUUACCAGUGCAUAAUGCAGCUUGCUGGCUCGAUCAUUGUCUGCAAGGUCUAAUGGCCCAGGACUUUGAAGGAAGCAUGGAGCUCUCCGCAUUUGAUGAUGCCAGCACGGACAGCUCUCUGUGUAUUUUGGAAAGCUGGCGUGAAAAGCUAAAAAAGAGAGGCAUAUUGGUGGUGGUCAGAGGCCACAAAUCUUCCCAACCAAAGGGCGUGGGAUUUUCCAAGAACCAGGCCAUUGCACAGAGUUCGGGCUGUCAUCUGUGCUUUCAGGAUGCAGAUGACGUCAUGAUGCCAGAAAGGAUAAGACUCCAGUACGAGGCUGCUCAAAAUCACCCCGGGGCAGUGAUAGGCUGCCAAGUAAGGAGGGAGCCAGAAGACUCGACAGAGCGGUACACGCGGUGGAUUAACGGCCUCUCUCAUGAACAGCUGCUCACUCAGGCAUUCACCUCACAUGGCCCGACCGUUAUCAUGCCCACUUGGUUCUGUCACAGAGACCUCUUCAAUGCCAUCGGCAAUUUCGACGAAGGGGGGAAGGGCGUUCCCGAGGACCUGCUGUUUUUCUACCAGCUCCUCCGCCUCGGGAACCGACCCCUUCGCGUGGACCAGUGCCUUCUCACGUACCGUUACCACCGGACGGCCGCCACCCACUCGGUCCUCGAGGGCACCAUAUGGGAUCUGCGUGUGCGCUUCCUGGAGGAGCGUGUGCUGGCGCAGUGGCAGCGUUUCACCAUCUGGAAUGCGGGCAAGCAGGGCAGGAAGCUCUACAGGAGCCUCGGCGUCCACAGCCAGCACAAGGUGGAGGCAUUUUGUGAUGUGGACAUUAAGAAAAUAAAGAAAGGGUUUUAUACAUAUGAAGAAUCGCAGGAACUCAAGAAACCAAAUAUUCCAAUAAAGCAUUUUUCAGCAGCAACUCCACCAUUCAUAAUCUGCGUGAAAAUGGAUCUCACAAGUGGGGCGUUUGAGAAAAACUUGGAGUCAUUACAUUUGACCGAAGGAGUCCAUUUCUACCACUUCAAUUGAAUUAAAAGGGAACCUCAUUAAGAGCUUUGUAGCGGGAAAACAUCACGUUGAACACAACAUCACGCUGCUCUGAUUAUUUGUGACUUCUUUCUCUUUGUAUACCAAGAGUAUGUUUGCCAUUGCCACUUGCACGUUAGAUGCUAUUUAACCACCAAAAUACAACAUUUUGUUUUACUUUAAAUAUUUGUUGCAGUCCAUUUUUGCUUGACAAUCAAUUCUCUCUUGUUUAGUCUAUUUGGUGAGCGCUUAGUAACAUGUGAGCAAUGCUUCGUUUUCCCGUGGGCGCAAGCCACGACUUGACACGGAUGCUAAUGCACACGUGAUAUGUUUAAAAUAUAAUUUUUGACCACUACAAAAAGCCGUGGAAUACCCCGUGGACUUUGUGAGGCGAGCAAAUGUUUCUCAUUUCUGAAUUUUCGUCCUGCCUAAUCCUUGUGCAAAAUACUGGAGUAAGGUUUCGAGAUCUUGGCAUGAAGACCUCAACGCCGGAGCGAUGGCAGGAUUCUAAUAAAGAAAGGAUUUUCUUAA